AUGGAGUUGCCUCGAAAACGGGGCGGCAGGAAAAACAAGGUGUCUGACUACCCACUCAACGCGCCAUCUGCGGUUGUCCGCCAAGCGCUAUUCCCAAGUGGCCCGGGCUCUCCAAACGAGCACAAAUGGCGUGAAAUGGGGUGGAAUACAUCGUAUCCGGCUGAGUACUUGCUGCAGGCGAAUAGUAAAGACUACAAGCAGACACUGGCAUACUCCGAAGAGCUUCGACAGAGGCAAGAGCAGAUGAAUCCAAUCGAUACGAGUAGUGGAGCUGGGGCGAGCAAGUCUCCCGCAAGGAACGCAGUUAUGAAAGGAGGAUACUUUCCUCGAUCAACCAGCUUUUCCAAUACUACGACAACCGCCACGACCCCCGGUAUCGCUGAGGUCGGCUCAGCUCAGUGCGAAGAGGAACGCACGCUGCUGAAAAAUACGAUGUUGAGGGAAGGUUUGCUGGCAAAGCUGUACGACUUGAUCAAGGCGGCUACCCCACCGCAGUCGUUGCUGCAACCACAUCUUCCUCCGAAGGAACCCGUAUUUGAUGUGUCUAAGGGCACCGAAGUGCUUCACUUGCUGCUGCAGUUGCGUGACGUGGGCGUGCUUGUGAUGGAAAGUAUUUUGCGAUGGCAUGAAUUACGUGUGCGGCUUGCGCCGAUGGUGCCGCUAGCUCCGUUUCGUUUCGAGAACCACAACUACUGCGUCAAGAUGUUCUCAGAUUUAAACUUUUUGAGCACUAUCAAAACGCUUGGGUCGGUUUUGGGCGUUAAUCCAUCGACGAUGAAGCAGAACCCCUUUAUGAUGCCUGCGCCGACCCCCGAACGAAACUUCCAAGGAGUGCGUGAGAAGCCAUGGCAAAGCUUACGCUUGUUUACAAGCAAAGAGGACCCCAUUCAGCGAGUUGCAGAUGCUGAGAAGUAUUUGGUGUGGUGUCUGUUCAACUUGCAAGAUCCGGCAGCACCUGGAUCAACGUCUCCAACUCGCUCUGUCUAUGGGAAUAACUCGCCGUCUUCGUCUUCGCUUCGCACGAAAGAGCAGCAGCAAAAGGUGACUUGGCAAAAGCGAGCAGAGAAGCAACUUGAGCUGCUGUCGAUGCCCCUGGAAUCGUUAUCGGGUCCUACGUACGUCCAAGACUCGUCAAAAAUGAUGAAGAGGAGAGGAGUGCUGCCUUCGCUACCGCAGUCUCCCCCAAAGAAUCUUCGAGAACUCAUGGAAAAUGAGUUUGCAGCUGGCGUCGCUGAUUUUGAGGCGCUUGGGGCGUUGGACGCGCCUCCCCAUCACAUGGUUACACUGGUUGCUGCAAGUGUUCUCAUCCUUCUCAGCCCCGCGGACCAGCUUCCAAAGGACUUGUCGUGGCGUUCAUGCCAGAAAAUGCUGCGGCAUGGCAAGAGGCUAAUCCAGCGUGUACAGGCGUUUGACGUGACGGGGGUGCCAGGUUUCAAGUGGAAGGCGCUUGUGCCGUUCCUGCAAAACGAGCAUUUCCAGCCCAAGUUUCUUGCUCAGUUUUCCUGUGCCGCCAGUAGCAUGUGCGCCUGGGUCUUCUCAGUUCUGCGGGCCGCGCAACAGCAGGACUACGAGCGCCUUGGAUUACACACAAGCAGUGGACUUGAUGCUGGUGGCGAUGAAGACCGCCUCGAGUUGCUAUCUGAGCUGGAAGUCGACGCAGCAGCAAGUCCACAGCCAAGUAAGGACAGCCCUACGUCGUGGGGCGCUAGAGAAGACAACGAUGGUCUGUUGCCACCGUUAUCACGUUCAAGGAGCAACAAACGUGUGAGCAUCGGCAACGCUGAGGUUCUUUUCAUCAACGAGAACCAGCCUGUCAUGAUGACCACACCCCAGGCAAGCUCGCGCGCUUCAUCACGACGAAGUGAGAGUCCCGCCACCAGCAACCGCAAAACCAACUUCACUGUCACCAGCCUCCACAGCGGUGGAGAGAGCAACGCGCUCCUGCGCACCAGCCCGUGGACGUAUCGUGGCGUAGUGUACUUCGUGUCCUUCUUCCUUCAGCAGGAGAAGGAGAGAUCGCAGCAGCAGCAGCAGGAAGGAGAGUCUGCCGAUGAGCCUGACGACCGUCGACUGAUGAUCAAAAUCUACGAGCCCAUGAGCUCCGUGGAGUCGCAGAUGUCAGUGGACACCGAGGACUUGCGUCAAGAUUUUGGAGAACAAGCGUUGGUGGCGUUUCAAACCGGUCAGUACCGAGCUCUCUGCAACCUCAUGCUGCAGCAGCUUGACCGCAUGAUGGGUACCGGUACGAAAGCAGCUCCACCGACACCACCGCAAUCUCGCAAGGACAUGACGUGUGGACCAGUGGAUGGCCCCGAAGCAGCUGAGGAGCAGAAUAGAAAGCAAGCAAACGCGCUUGAUUUGCUCUUGCAGGGUUCGGACGACGACUACGAGGAUCGUCACGAUCGGCCUGAGGUUGUUAAGGAACCGGCCGCAGAGGAACCGACAUCGAGAUCGGCUUCACCUCCCGACAAGUCUCGGGAUCUGGAUUCUCUGGAAGCUUCUGCGCUGAAGAUUCAAUGUGCAGCGCGUCAGCAGCAAGCACGCGGCAAGGUCAACCACGUGCGGGCUGAGAAGAAGAAGGCCGAUACGAUGGAGGCGUCGGCGCUGCGGAUCCAGUGCGCGGCACGGCAGAAACAAGCGCGCGUCAAGGUGGACCACGUGAGAGACGAGAAGAAGCAUACCGACAACAUGGAGGCGUCAGCGCUGCGGAUCCAAUGCGCCACUCGACAGAAACAAGCUCGGCUCAAGGUGGACCGUGCGGUGAUGCCGCCGGAAUCGCGGCCCGGAACCGUCAUGAGCUAUGCGUCGGACCAGUUCGAAGACGACGUGCGAGAUAGCGAGUUUGACACAGAGAACGAUUGA